AUGACCAGCUCCUGCUGCUCCCCUUGCUGCCAGCCUACCUGCUGCAGGACCACCUGCUGCAGGACCACCUGCUGGAGACCAAGCUGUGUGACCAGCUGCUGCCAGCCCUGCUGCCAGCCCAGCUGCUGUGGCUCCAGCUGCUGCCAGCCCUGCUGUCAAACCACCUGCUGCAGGACCUGCUUCCAACCAAGCUGUGUGACCAGCUGCUGCCGCACACCCUGCUGCCAGCCCUGCUGCUGUGUGUCCAGCUGCUGCCAGCCCUGCUGCCAGCCCAGCUGUUGUGAGUCCAGCUGCUGCCAGCCCAGGUGCUGUGAGUCCAGCUGCUGCCAGCCCAGGUGCUGUGAGUCCAGCUGCUGCCAGCCCAGGUGCUGUAUCUCCAGCUGCUGCCAGCCCUGUUGCCAGCCCAGAUGCUGUGAGUCCAGCUGCUGCAAGCCCUGCUGCCAGCCCUUCUGCCUCAACCUGUGCUGCCAGCCAGCCUGCUCUGGCCCUGUCACCUGCACCAGGACUUGCUACCAGCCCACCUGUGUCCGUGUGCCUGGCUGCCUGUCCCAAGGCUGUGGCUCCAGCUGCUGUGAGCCCUGUGGCUGUUGA